AUGUCAGAUGUCUACUCGGGUAGCAAGAAAAGAACAUUGUCAAACCCCCUCCGCUUUCCCGAAGAGAUCUUUGAUGAAAUCCUCCUGAGGUUGCCCAGCAAAAGCGUAGGGAGAUGCAGCGCAGUGUGUAAAUCAUGGAACUCUCUCGUCAACACCUUCUUUCGCUACCGCACUCGCGACCACACUCGCUACCAAUCCAAUAACCACCACGACGAAGCUCAACUCCUCUUCCUUCAGUUUCACAAUUCCUCGAGCAUCAUCAACAGGCCUUACGCGUUGCAUCUAGAUAACUCUGCAUGUAACUUGUAUACCAAGCUUCCUAACCCGUUCGUAGCUUGCAACAAGUUACCUACUUGCCUCCGAGGAGCAAAACAAGUUGAAGAUGUGACUGUGGUGGGAACUUGUAACGGGCUAGUAUGCCUGGUUGCUGGUGAUGAUGAGAUUCACUUUGCUGCAUCAAUCUGGAACCCUUGUAUUAGAAAGUUGGUGGCUUUACCUAAGCCUGGCCUUGCCGUGUACAAAGAUAUUGAUCAGGUAACAUAUGGCUUUGGUUAUGAUUCUUGCCCCGACGACUAUAAGGUUUUGAGAUGUGUGAACCAUAAAUAUAUCCGCCAUAGCACUUGUCAAGUUGAGAUUUGGUCGUUAGCCAGGGGCUCCUGGAAGAGUCUUAGUUCUGCUGCUGAUCAUGUUAUCCUCCCUGCCAACUUUCAUCCUGGCCAGCUCUUCAAUAGAUCGGGUGUUGUGUUUGUCAAUGGCGCUCUGCAUUGGCUCCAACUUGCCAGAAACUGGAAGGUGAAUAAGAUGGAUUAUUUGAUUGCAUCGUUUGAUAUGGCGAGUGAGUUAUUUGGUGAGACAACGGUGCCAGAAGCUUUACGGAAAAACUUAUACUCAAAACCGGGACAACGAGAGUGGUUCAUUUCAAGAUACUGA